GCGUUCUGAUUGGUUGCUCCUGAAAUUGCUCGGCAACUAGACCUCCGGACCUGGCAAGGACAGGCGGGACAGGUUCUGCCGCUCUGCGCUUCGGCCCAGAGGCUGGUGCAGCUUUCGUCGCUCCUGGUCCUGCCGUACCCGUCUUCAUGACCUCGGUGGAGCAUGUUUUCCAAGGCCCAGGUGAGGCGGGUUCUGCAGCGAGUGCCCGGGAAGCAGCGACUCGGCGUCUACCGGUUUCUGCCCUUCUUUUUUGUUCUGGGAGGAACGAUGGAGUGGAUCAUGAUUAAAGUACGCGUGGGCCAGGAGACCUUCUAUGAUGUCUACCGUAGAAAAGCCUCAGAAAGACAGUAUCAGAGGAGGCUGGAAGAUGCAUCAGAGACUGAACUUCAGCAGUCAAUAAACACUACCUACAGCAAGCUCAGAGUCACUGCUCAGAGAUGGCUUGAAUGUGAAGACCAGUGAUGACCAGCAGCACCAGGGAGAGGAAGGUGGUUCUCAUGUACACUUGCAUCACCUAAAGAAUUCCUGGUGAACUGAACUUCAGGGGCAUUUUAGUGAUUGAUGCAUAAGAAAUUAAAAUUGUGGUAUGAUUCAAUUAUGUGGCUUUAUUGCAUGUCCCCCUAUUCCUAGUUUUAGAAGCUUAA